CAAAGUAAAACAACUUUCAACUCUCCCUCCGUCGACUUCAACUGGCCGGAGUUGCUUCCAAUUUCCGAUGACGGAGCAAAACGCCGACGAAUCCAACACUGUUCAAACUUCGAAUCUCGACGAUGUAAAACCGGCAAUAGUUGCUUGCUCUCAUUCCGACACCGCCCAGAAAUCAGAACCACUAAUUGAAGAACUACAAGAUGAAGAACUAAGGAAACUUUUGGUGCCGAAGUUAGAAAACCUCCCAAUUUCUCCUCCUUCUGCUGUUAAAUCCAAUUUCGUCACCUAUUUUGCUCCUGAUUUUAUGAAACCUGGGCAUGAUCAGUAUGUUCAUCGACAUGCCAAUGGAUUGUGCAUAAUUGGGUUGGCUCCGACCCACAUUGCUUUUAAGGAUGAAGGCGGAGUUACUUCGGUUGAUUUCAAUGUGGGGAAGUCUGAUCGGAGUGGAAUCAAGGUCUCUGGAAAGCGAAAAAAGAACGCUCAACAUUUUGAGUCUAAUACAGCAUUAUGUAAAGCCUGCACAAAGGAUGGUUCUUAUAUUGUGAGGUGUUGUGUGAAAGGCUCGUUAUUAGAAGUCAAUGAUAGGUUAAUUAAGCAACCAGAAUUGCUGAACUCAUCGGCAGACAGAGAAGGAUAUAUUGCAAUUAUAAUGCCAAGGCCCGCAGAUUGGAUCAAGGCCAAGACAACUUUGCUGGGCAUUGAAGAAUAUAGAGAGUUGAGAAAGGAUACAUUGCAAUUAUAAACAAGCAAGGUGGCAAAUCAGCUCAUUGAAGGCAGCAUUUUGCAGGAUUGGAGUUUACGUUGUUGGAAAAGUUUGCAGGAUGUUCUCUCUCUGUAACAGUAAGCUCUACUACUUCACUACACACUUCUGCUAUUGGCAUACAGAAGAACAGUAUCAAACUUAAUUAACGUUCUUAUUUGUACUUUUCUGGUGUAUUAUUUGGUUGGGGUGGAGUUUACUUGUCCACACUGCUCCAUCACUCCAUAUUUUGUUUUUCAGAGCAAUAUGAUAAAAAAACGUAUAGUCCGUAGUUACUAUAUGAAAAUGUAACAUGUCUAUUAUAUUGCUAA